UGUAAUGAAGUUGUGACGAGGAACUAACCGAAUGGAAAGUGAAGUUUCACAAGACCCACAGUAACUGACUGUAACGUGUUAUAGCAACACAUGAACAGUUUAAGUCCCGCUUUUUUCCCCACUAAAGACGGGAAAUAAACCAUUUACCAUAGAUAUCGAUUCUUUCAGGGAUUAUCGUCGGAAAGCAGCGAUGGCUCCUUCUCUGGCCCAGGCCUACCGUAGGCGCUGGUGGAUGGCGGUGACUGCGGUCAUAGAGAACCUGCUGUUCUCUGCUGUGCUGCUGGGCUGGGGAUCGCUACUCAUCAUGCUCAAGAACGAGGGCUUCUACUCACACCUCUGCAUAGACAACGAGACAGUGUUCAGUAACAUCAGUUCGUGGGACAGUGGUAUCUGGCAUAGCUGCGUGGACCAGGAAGAGAUGUUGAAUCUGGGCUUUACCAUUGGCUCCUUCCUGCUGAGUGCAGCCACUCUGCCGCUAGGUAUCCUGAUGGACAAGUACGGGCCCCGCCCGCUCCGCCUCCUCGGCAGUGCGUGUUUUGCUUUCUCUUGUGCCAUGAUAGCUGGAGCUGCCUAUAACCCCGAAGUACUCUCGGCCCUCAUUUUCAUCGCAGUCUCCUUCAACGGCUUCGGAGGAAUCUGCCUCACCUUCACCUCCCUCACGUUGCCCAACAUGUUUGGGAACGUGCGCUCCACUAUCCUGUCUCUAAUGAUCGGCUCCUACGCCUCUUCAGCCGUCACCUUCCCUGGAGUCAAGCUGAUCUAUGAUCUAGGUGUGUCCUUCAGGGUGAUCAUGUGGGUGUGGUCGGGGCUAGCCGGUCUCGUCUUCCUCAACUGCUUCCUCAAUUGGCCGGGGGAGUCUUUCCCCGCACCGGAGGACAUCAGCUACACUAAGGAGGUGAAGCUGAGUGGCACGGUGAUGGAUGACAAGUUGACGGGGGACAGAUUCUACAGUCAUGUGACCACGGUGGAAGAGAAGAUGGCUGCGAAGCAGCAGGCAGAUCCCUCGUCAGAGCAGCUCCCAACUGGAGAACAGACACAGGGUGGCCCUCCUUUCCGUAGUUCAGUCUGCUCGCCCAUCUUCCUGUGGAGUCUCAUCACCAUGGCGAUGACCCAGCUACGCAUCAUCUUCUUUAUGGGCGCCAUGAACAAGAUGCUGGAGUUCCUGGUUACCCACGGCGACCCACACCCCUCUAAGGAGCUAUUGAUGGAGGCAGAGCAACAAGUGGGUUUCUACUCGUCAGUGUUUGGCUCUCUGCAGCUGCUCUGCCUGCUCACCUGUCCUCUGAUUGGCUACAUCAUGGACUGGAAGAUGAAGGAGUGCGACGUAGACCAGAGCCAACCUGAACCCCCGAAGAGAGACAGGAAGAUCCAGAAACUGACAAACGCCAUCCGUGCUUUCAUCAUCACCAACGUUCUACUGGUCACCUUCGGAGUCAUCCAGAUGAUAGACAACCUGCCUGUACAGAUCAUUUCCUUCAUCGUCCACACCAUGGUCAGGGGUUUCGUCCACUCCUGUGCCGGAGGACUCUAUGCUGCCGUAUAUCCGUCCAAUCACUUUGGGACAUUGACGGGUAUGCAGUCGAUGAUCAGCGCGCUAUUCGCUCUCCUCCAGCAGCCUCUCUUCGUCAUCAUGGUGGGACACCUGGGAGGAGACCCCUACUGGAUCAACCUGAGCCUGCUCAUUGCCUCAUUGGCUGGAUUCCUGUUGCCUGGAUACCUGAUCUAUCACCGUAGGAACCUGAUGCGAGAGAAGGUGGAGGAGUGUGAGAGGGAGGCCGCUAACCAAUCAGAAAGAGAGAGACAAACCUUACGGCAACCAGAAAAUGGCCAUACCAAAAACCAUACUAAUGGACAUCUCAGCAAUUAAGCUUAAGAAUCUUGACCAAAUUAACUGUCAAAUAUCAUAGUCGUUAAUUGUAAAAUAUCAUUAUAGACCAUCGUCAUGACGAUGACAAAUGAUGGUUGUCAUUUUCGGACAGUGAUGACAAUAUUGUGCACUGGAGUUUGGACAUGUCGCCCUUAAGCCCUUUUUCAUUUGACAUCAAAAUACACACUCAAUAUACUCAUUUUUGUUUUAGGUAUGACAUGCCAAAGAAAUCCUAAAAUAUACAUUUAACUCAUAUUUAUUUUAGUUAAAACAUAAUUUCAUGCCUAAACGUGAAAUAGAAAAUCUCAAUGGAAAUUGAGGUUCGGCAAUUCAAUAAUUAAGCAAUACAAUUUACACUGACCAGAAAUUCCAUGAAGGUUAUUGGUACCAUUUCAGGUCACCCUUCCACCAACCAGAAGCACAACUCUCAGUAUUCUGUAGUAGACAGGAAGUAGAUUUAUUUCGCUAUCAGAUUGGCUGGUGUAACAUUGAACUACCUCCCCCACCCAACUCUCACCACCCCACAGUCACUUCAUUAAUUUAGGCCUAGCAGCCAGUCUGGUACUAAUAUUUUAUUGGUCGUUGUUUGUCUUUCUGUCUUUUCCGGUUCACUCCCUGUAUCUAUACUUGUCUUUAUUGUGUCUUUACAUAUAGCGGAGAAUACAUGUGCCCAGACCACCAGCCCAUGGGGCCUGCACAUCCCUAUUAAUUUGACUAUCAAUCUGCACCUGCAAUCUUUCCCUGUGUCCCCUUAUUUAUCUCCAUGUCAGACCUGUCAUUGUAAGUCCACUAAGUACUAUGCCCACUUGGUCAAGUCUGCGGCUAUGUCCGAAAUGGCACCCUAUUCCCUAUAUAGUGCACUACUUUUGACCAGAGCCCAUGGGGUACAAUUUCAGACACACCCUGGGUCACUACCUCUAUUUCCCUGUGUUCAUCCCAGAGUUACUAUUUAAAUGACUCCGUGCAUCACAAUGUGUCCACCUGAAUUUUUUUGGUCCCAAAUGGCACCCUAUUCCCUAUUAUGUGCGCUACUUUUGACCAGGACUCAUAGGGUCUGUUUGUUUGGUCAGACUUUGAUGGUCCCUCUGUUUUUGCGUUAUUUGAUCUUUAGGGUUUGCGUCCCAAAUGGCACCCUAUUUCCAAUAUAGUGCACUACUUUUGACCAGAACCCUAUGGGCCCUGGUCAAAGGCAGUAUACUACAUAGGAAAUAGGGUGCCAUGUGAGACAGAACCUAGGUUUUGAGAUGACAUCAUCCAUUGUUAUUUCCGCCAAUCAUAGCUAAGUUCAGGACAGUGGUACGGUAUGCGAGGUGUUGUGCAGGCACAGCCUAGUUUGCAGCAACAUUGAUGGAAUUUUGCUUUUAGAUAAUCAUGUCAUUGAACUUGUUGCGUAUGAUAAAAUUGCAACGGGAAAUGUCUGUGUAGUUCAAGAGAAAUGCCAAUCAGUAACCAUCACUGAAACCUUUCAAGGUGAGCUGUUACAAAGGAGCUCUUACAAAGAGCUGUAGAUUAGUUUAAAAGAAAAGUAUUUAUAUAAAUGUGGGCAAGAAAGAGCACUUGUCAGAAGCUGAUUCAUUCUGGUCAAACAGCCCACCAACCAACCAUUUUGAAAUGUUAAACCGUGUUAACAGUACUGUACGAGAUAAUAUAGAUGUACAGAUGUGUUGCUCAAAUCAACUCCAAAAGCUGGUUGAAUCUGAUCAACCAACCGUCUUCGGUAUUCAAAAACAAUACAUUAUUUACAGCUAACAGCCCUCUAUGAGGUCAAAUAAAACAGUAUUAGUAUUGUAUUUGGUCAAAUAAAAGUGUUGCUAGUUAACAGUACUGUAUGAGGUCAAAUAUAACAAACAGUAUUACUAGUUAACAGUACUGUAUGAGGUCAAAUAAAACAGUAUUAGUAUUGUAUUUGGUCAAAUAAAAGUGUUGCUAGUUAACAGUACUGUAUGAGGUCAAAUAUAACAAACAGUAUUACUAGUUAACAGUAAUGUAUGAGGUAAGGUGGAUGCACCUGAACCCCGAUAUCACUGUCCCCAUGACAACGACAGUAGAACCACCUCAUUGGAGCAGGGCUUCAUUUAGCAGGUGCAUUGGAGCUACUAGGCUAUUUAUUUAGUGUGCAUCCCACUAAAUCCCUCUGUAGGGUAUGGGGUGCCAUUUGUGACGCAGACCGCGUGUGUGACUUAGUAGCGCUUGAAUCUGAAAGAGAAUACUGUAAUGUAUGUAUGUAAUGAUAUUGAAUGUGUGUGCUUCAUUGUAAGUGCCUGGGAAGCAAGUAUUUUGGUGGUAGCCUGGUCUCAGAUCUGUUUCUGCUUUCCCCAACUCUAUUGCAAGACAAACGUGGCACGUUUGAAAAGGAGUUGACACGAUUGCACAAACAGACUGGCACUCUGGCUACUUUUGUGCCAUGUAAUGGUAUGUAUAGUACCUAUAGUGUCCGAAUUGCACUAUGAGAAUGUAAAGCCAUAGUUUUGCUAUAUAUAUAUAUAUCUAUAUAUGUGUGUGGAAUGUUUUCUCAACUUUUUAAGACUUGAGAGUUUGCUUUGCCAUUUAUUUUAUUUGAGCAUCAGAAGAAGAAAAAAACAUUGGUUCAUCCACAUCACAGUUGCUCUCCAACUAUGCCUCUCAAGAGUAGGAGUGGUGAUCUAGGACCAGUUUAGCCUUUUAGAUCAGAAUGAAUUAGAUAACAUGGACAGGGGGGGAGCUGAUCCUAGAUCAGUACUCCUACUCUGAGAUGCUUUAUGAUUACAUGCCCAGAACAUGGGGCAACUUUCACAUGCUGUACUUCCACCUCUGUGAUGGAGAACAUUCAUUAUUAUCACUGAUCUUAUUACAUUUGUAAUAAUAAGAUCAUAUUAUGCGGGCAAUGUGGUGAAGAGAAUGUAAGAGGAUCCAAAACAAUGUAUUAUAAAUAGGCUUUGAAUAGAAAAUGUCAUAUUUAAAGACACGCUCCGGAACAUUGAAUUUUUUCAACCUCCCGCUUAGGGUUGGAUGCGUCCAUGUGUAGUUCAUACAUGCCUAAUUACUGUCUUACUUCAUUAGCCACGAAAUCCCAACUGUUUUCUGGAAGCUGUGUGGCGCCAUUUCCCCCCCACGUGGGCCAGCCCCUCGCCAUUUGAGUGACAGCUAGUAGGAUGCAGCAGAGCGAGAGAGAGAGAGCAAUGACAUGGUGCACAUAUCUGCACAUAUGUGAUGUAACAGUAGUACUUCAUUUCCGGGGACCACUUUUGGCUCGUGGUCAUUACUUUCAGAACUACUGGCUAAAAAAGUUUACAAAGUACCGGAGAAUCUCUUUAAGUGGUUUUACUGAUGUUCUGGGGCACUUCUCUUUGUGAAGUAAUAAAUGAACAGAUUUCAA